AUGCGGAGACUCUCAAUGGGGAAUCGGUUCAACACUGCAACUGGAAUUGUUCACCAGUUCAGCGAUGAACAGGUGGACAUUCAGAGGUUCCAAACCCUGUUACUGGAAGCACCUAACGAUAAAUCAGGUGUGUUUGAUCAGGGAAUUGUGGAAAAGAAAGCCAUCCAUGGCAUUAUAAAUAUUAAUAAUUCUGAGCAAUCCAAGACCUACUAUCAAGAGGAUCUUUCCAUCAUUGUGGUUAAGAUGAAUUUAAGCACGACAAAUGAUUUUGUACAAAUCGCCGCUCCAGGGGUAUUAAAUUAUGAUGAAGUAGCUGAUACACAGAUCCCAGUUGAGCCUUUCAAAAAUGAGAAUGAGAGCAAAAUUGGCAUAGUUACCUACGAUUCUGAUCAGCACUUAAAGGUUCAAAUCCCACCCAUUUAUGAUUUUCAAGCGAGAAAUAAAUUGUUUGCCUCCAAAGUCAUACGGAUUGAAGUCCCUGAACGUGACAUUGUAAAUUUGAUCAAUCCACUUAAUAUGAGCUUCAAACUUAAUUACACAAACGACACAUCUUUAUAUCUAAAGAACUACAACCUGUCCUGUCAAUUCUAUGAUGAAAACGGAGACGGAACCUGGAAAGCGGAUGGCUGUAACACCACUGCGAUCAGUGAUAAUGUUGUGGAGUGUUACUGUAACCAUAUGACCCCUUUUGCUGUGCUUCUGAUCAGCUUGAAUGACUCAACAAUAUCCGAAAAGCAAUGGGAAAUCUUGUCGUACAUCAGCUAUGUAGGCUGCGGUCUCUCUACGUUCUUUUCUGCCACCACUGUCUUGUCAUUCAUUUUCAACAGUAAUGCAAGGGCAGAAGUGUCCAGCAGCAUUCACGUGUCUCUGAGCGGCGCUCUGUUUCUCCUCAACAUGAGCUUCAUGCUCAGCGAGUGGGCCGCUACACUGACUGUGAAAGAAGUGUGCGUGUUUAUUGCUGGGACGAUACACUACAGCCUGCUGUGUUCUUUCACCUGGAUGGCUGUUGAAGCCUUGCACCUCUACCUUCUUCUCAUCAGAGUCUUCAACAUUUACAUCAGACAUUACAUGGUCAAGCUGUCUCUGAUUGGGUGGGGAGUCCCUGCAGUUAUUGUUGGUGGCUUGCUGUCAGUUAAUAACAUGUAUGGUAUAACUGAGAUGAAAUUUUCUGAUACGAAUACAACAAAUCAAAUUUGCUGGAUCAGAGACCCUCACGUCCUGUAUGGCGUGAACAUUUUCUACUUCUCCAUCGUAUUCCUGUUCAAUUUAGCAAUCCUAAUCACAGUGUCCAGACAGAUCCUUAGGCUACGACAUGUGGGCAACAGGCAUGACAAGAUGCAAGUUUGGAAGGAUGCUGGCACAGUUUUGGGCCUCAUGUGUCUGGUGGGUACAACAUGGGGCUUGGCCUUCUUCAGCUAUGGAUAUAUCAACUACCCGAUACUCUACCUAUUCUGCAUCUUAAACACAAUGCAAGGGUUUUACAUCUUUGUGUGGAUGUGUGCUACAGCGAGGAAAAACAGAGCGCAAACACCUCAUUCCAAGUCUAAAUCCACUCUGGACACCUCCAAAUAAAGUCCUCUCAUUCAUUUCUCUUAC